CCGUUCAGUUUUUGGAAAUCAAGGCUUGGCUGCUGCAUUGUUUGUUACCUCAGUAACUGUGAAACUGACAACUCUCUGAAGCUACUGCGCUGAUAUAAAGACAUUCAAACGCAAACUCUUGAACAAAAUCAGCACCAACAACAACAUCAAAAGAUGAGCUCAUAUUUCGUCAACUCUCUCUUCACUAAAUACAAAAGUGGAGACACUCUGCGGCCAAACUAUUACGAGUGCGGAUUUGCUCAGGACCUAGGGACGAGACCCACCGUCGUGUACGGUCCAGGCACCGGAGCCACUUUCCAGCAUGCCCCUCAGAUUCAAGAGUUUUACCACCACGGCGCAUCCACGCUCUCCGCAUCUCCUUACCAGCAGAGUCCCUGUGCAGUAACUUGUCACGGCGAGCCGGGUAACUUCUACGGUUAUGAUGCUCUCCAGAGGCAAACGCUUUUCGGUGCUCAAGACGCCGACUUGGUUCAGUAUAGCGACUGCAAGCUCGCCGCGGGGGGCAUCGGCGACGAGACGGACAACACAGAGCAGAGUCCGUCGCCCACACAGCUGUUCCCGUGGAUGCGACCUCAAGCUGCCGGACGGAGGCGAGGACGCCAGACCUACAGCCGCUAUCAGACUCUGGAACUCGAGAAAGAGUUUCUCUUCAAUCCCUACCUAACACGCAAGCGGCGGAUUGAAGUAUCACACGCUUUGGGACUGACAGAACGACAGGUCAAAAUCUGGUUUCAAAACCGUCGCAUGAAAUGGAAAAAAGAAAACAACAAGGACAAGUUUCCAAGCAGCAAGUCUGAACAAGAGCAGAUCGAAAAAGAGAAACUGGAGAAAGAACAGGCAUCCGGGACACAGCCAGCUGGCGAAGACUGCGACAAGGCAAAACAAAUGUAAAGCGGAUGCGAGUGUGAGUGUCUGUGUGUGUGAGAGAGAGUGUGUGUGUUUGUGUGUACGUGUGUCAGUCAAUCAAAAAGGCAAAGAAUAAAUAGGGAAAAUAAAACAGGACAAUGACGAAGAGAAUAACGGUGUGUGCAUGGGAGGUUUGUCUCACAGAUACAUUUUAAUCAAGUCGAGUGGUUACAUCUUUCAUUCGAGGAAGGAACAGAAAAAAAAUGACUGGGACUAGACGAAUGACUAUACACUUAAUGUGGUGAAAACCGAACUUCAGGAAGAUGAAGGACA